AUGGAGACAGAUAAUUAUGAGAGAGCCCUCAGUGGGUUUGAGAUUGCUGCUUUAAAGGAUACAAGUCUAAAUGCUACUCCAGAGGUUCAGAAGAUAGUAAGCCUGCUUGACAAGUUGGACUAUCUUAUGAGGGGGGGAAAUUUAAAAGCUAAGCGAAUGGCAAGUUUGGUCUCACUUUUAGCUGCUUUUAAUUUGAAUCCACAAUACAAUAGAGCUACUAUAGACGGUAUGUUGGAGGGUCUGAACAGAGCCAUAGCCAUAGACGGGAAUCUACUAUUCUUUGUUUCGAAUGACAUUCUUGAACCGCUAUACUACUUGCUUUGUGACUCAAAUCAAAAUUGCUUUGUUCUUACAGUUUAUGGCAUACAUAUAGAUGUGAUAAGAAUCAAGGAAAGAGAUCAGCUAACGCUGCUUGAUCCAUAUUUCCGGCAGGUUGAUUUUUCAUGGAAGAAGAAGGUAUGCUUGCAUAUCCAAUUCAAACUAGUUACUCCGACAAAGUAUUCAACUUGUGUUAUGUGUGUACAUCUCAAAUUAUCUGUGACCCCUCAACAAGUUGUUCGCUCGUCAAUACAUGCACAACACAAACCCUGA